GCUUUAUAUAGCCCCAAGAACUGCCCAUCUAUCAGCUCUCCAGCGCACUCUGAUCACAAUCGUCAUACGCGUCACUCACUUCGACUACACUCCCUCUUCCCCUGGUCAACCCCAUCUCUCACUGACGACCUCUUCCUUGGAGCCCACAAAAGCCGCCCGUCGUCGCUCGAGCUGCUCAGCAAAACAUGUCCCCCAGCUCCCUCGUGGCAGGCGUCUCUGACCCUCUCAACUUCGUCCCUGCAGAACACUUCUUCACCCGAGCAGCCCAGUACCCUCACGGACCUUCUUCGAUCACGAAUGUCCACACGUCGUCGAGUCUCAAAUCUGAGGAUCCUCUCCGGUUUGCUGCGGGCCUAGAGUUCGAUGAUGGGACGGUUGCAAUCAUACAUUUCGCGAGUCCGAGUGUAUGGAGGGUGAGGUAUGACCCGACAUUCAAGACGAUUGCGGACUACUCAAUGGACAACUCCCGGUCGGUAAUGGAGAAGACCUGGGGUGCACUCGUCGACUCAAUACAACGGGAUUUGAACACUAUGUGGCGCACCAGGUUCACCCCGUCUGAAGACGGGGAGUACUUUACGCUCGCAACCGUUACAUACCUUAGCGUUGAAGACCGCGAUGAUGACAAAAACGGGACGAUCGACACCAAGCUCUAUAUGUGGAAAUCUCCCUUUCGUCUCCAGGUUACACGCAAACUCGAAGUCACGCCCUUGAUAAUCCCUGUCCCGCCCGACCUGCACGAAACCAACGUGCCCAUGGAGAAGGUUGUGUGGCAGACAAUAGCCCGUCCCUUCCGAUACGAGCCGAUGAAGUACCGCGUGAAUAACAUCAUUCUCCACGUGUGGAAGAAAGGAUCAGCUGAAUUCUUGGGCUUCGGCGAACAGGGAGGGAAGCAUCUCCUGAAAACGCCAAGCCAGAUGAAUUACUACUGUUACGACAACAUGUUGUAUGGGAACCUGUACAACAAGGGUCCCUUGGACGACCGCGAGCCUCUGUAUCACUCAUGCCCCUACUUCGUCGAGAUGAAUGCACUUCCAGGCUAUUCUAACGUGACGGCAACCUUCGUGGAUAACUACAGCCAAGUGGUGAUCGAUCUAGGCAAGUCGAAUGCCGGGCGCGUCUCCAUCGGCACACGGUUCAACGGCUUCGAUGCAUAUAUCAUGAGCGCGGACAACGUCGCCAAGCUCAUCGAGUCGCAUACAUUGCUCGUAGGACGUCCGCAUCUCAAGCCGCGCUAUGUACUAGGUAACCACCAGGGCUGCUACGGGUACAGAACCCGCGAGGACCUUGAAACCGUCGUUGCUGAGUAUCGGGCCGCGCGCAUCCCGCUUGAUGGACUGCAUAUCGACGUGGACUUCCAAGACCGAUACCGCACAUUCACCUGGAACGAGGACAAGUUCCCUGAUGUGCCGGGCAUGUUCGCCGAGUUAAGAGAGAAGGGUGUCAAGUGCUGCACGAACAUCACCCCUGUGAUCUCCCUCAAGGACGAGGGCGAGGGAGACGACUAUCCUACCCUGCAGGAGGGGCUCGCCAAGAAUUACUUCAUACCCGAUACGAGAUACCUUGAAGGAACGAGUGGAAAACCGGAGGAUGUGCGCUACACGUACUACUGGGGCAACUUGGAUGAACAAGGACUGCCUGUCCCACAGGAGGUGGACCCAAAUCUUGGCUCGUCGACCCCAGUAUAUGAGCAGAACUACAGUACUUUCGCGGAUAACUUCAACAGCGGGUCACCCUAUCAUGGUGGUGUCAGCUAUGGGGCUGAGCUGGGAACGCCGGGCUACUACCUGGAUCUUAAUCGUCCAGAGGUACGCGACUUCUGGGGCCAGCAGUAUGAGAAGCUUUUUGAAGCCGGACUGGAGUUCGUAUGGCAGGACAUGACCACGCCCGCGAUUGCCACCGGGUACGGCGAUAUGAAGGGUUUCCCAUCCCGACUAUGGAUCUCCACCGACCCUCAUUUCACUGAGCCUGGCCAGCCACCACCGCGGAAGACAGCGGCCGAGCUCUGGGCACUUUACAGCUUCAACCUGCACAAGGCUACAUACCUGGGCUUGAACAAGCUCGAAUGUCGGGAAAACAAGCGCAACUUUAUCGUCGGCCGUGGUUCUUUUUCCGGUAUGCACCGGUACGCUGGCCUAUGGACAGGCGACAACGCGUCCACCUGGGACUUUUGGCACAUCUCCGUCGCGCAAGUGCUCGCCCUCGGAUACAUCGGUGUGACCAUUGCUGGCUCCGACAUGGGCGGGUUUAUGCCGAAUGGAGAUGAAAAGUUCUGCGAUCCGGAUCUGCUCAUCCGUUGGUACUCAGGCUCGGUACUUCUUCCAUGGCACAGGAACCAUUACAUCAGGCGGAGCGGGGAGAAAUGGUUCCAGGAACCCUAUCAGUACACCAAUUACCUGCGCGACCACCCUGAGAUCGAAGCGGAUCAGGGAUGGCUCUAUUCCGCUGUCGAGCCAAUAUGCCGGUACUAUGUGUCCUUGCGGUACAGUUUGAUGCAAUUGCUCUACGACAAGAUGUUUGAGAAUCAGGUCAACGGCCUUCCAAUCGUCCGUUCCAUGCUCAUCACCGACCCUCUCGAUCAGACACUGUUCAACGAACAGGACCAUUUCCUCGAUAGUCAGUAUGUCUGUGGACAGGAUCUUCUGGUAUGCGCCGUCACUGAGUCCCAUACGAUCAACAUCGGCAAGCGUCAUACCUACGUCCCUCAACCCGACAACUGGUACACCUUCAACCUCCGAAUUGACGGAUCCCUCGGUCUUCCGCUGUCCCCUGUUGUGGAAGGCGGAUCCGUGUUCAUGUACGACUGCCAUAUCUCUGCCAACCCCGAUCACAUUCCCUACGUCACACCAAUGUAUGUUCGCGAAGGAGGUAUCAUUCCGCAGAUUGAAGUGCGCCAAUACAUUGGCGACAAAAGCCCACCGAACCCCAUCACUUUGCAUAUCUACCCGGGCAAGAAUAACACCUACUCGAUGUAUCUUGACGACGGUGCGUCCCGCACAAGUGCACCAGACAUGGUUCCACAAGAGGAAUUCCCGGAAGACAACAUGGCACGUAGUGAGUACCGCGAGGUGCUUGUCUCACAAACCACCCUUGGCACGUCACGACACAUUACGCUGACUAACGUACACGACGGGUACGGCCCGGCAAACGUUGCUAGGGACAUCGGCAACACCUAUACUGUCGUAGCUUGGGUUGACCCUUGCGAGCCACAGUUGAGGACGGGUACAUUCACGGACAGGUCUGGUAAAGAGGUCACCGCUGGAUGCUCGUUCAAGUGGGAUGCUGCGGUCAAGGCGGGUGUCGCAACCAUUCCAGUUGAGCUCUUGGGAGGUAUGUUGACGAUUGUAAUGAAACCAUAGAGACGGUUCAAACACAUUUCAUGUUCUCACGCAUCAUCCUUGGGCAUCUGUAUGACAUACAUUAGGUGGUGACAUAGAAUAUCCUUAAUACAAAAUUCAGUAAC